AUGGCUACAUUACCUCGUCCCACCAAAACCAUUCCCGUUUCCUCUUCGGCUUCAUCUCCUCAAGACACCAAUGUAUCUCUUCGCAUAGAGUCCCAGUUUGAUGCCGGUAUCAAUUCUUCAACUGCUUGGACUGAGCACCUUGAACGAGGAUCCUUGUCAGAUGACGACCCAGACGACGAUCCUGAUAUAUCUAACCAGAAGGGUUGUCCUGCGCGUGCGCUGUAUCAUUUUGAAGGGAAAGUAGAAUUCAGGGAGCUCAACGUAGACGCCGGUGAUGAAUUGGAUGUUCUGAAGGAAGAAGUUGGCGACGGGUGGAGUUUAGUGAGAAACGAGGGCGGAGAGAUAGGCCUAUUGCCUCGUUCAUAUUACACGUUUACUUCCGAUUUCUCUGCGGCUCCAACUUUGGAUAUACCAUCCUUUCAUAGAAAGAAGGAGGCCUCAAGUAGUUCGCUAACACCUCGUGGAUCUCCAAAGGGAGAGUCUCAGUCAUUACCAAUUGUCCCUCAAAAUACAGGAGAGUGGCGAAAUGCAUUGCCUAGCUUCCGUCAAAGUCUUUUGGGGGGCAAGAGUUUGAAUCGUUUCUCGACGUUUGUUACAAGCGGUGCAGAAGAAUGGGUCCUGAAUGGUAGUGCUGCAGAAGCCGAAGCCCUUGAAGCUGAAGGCUCUCAUCAAAGACUGCCCAGCCAGUCCAGCAUUGCAGACGAUGACGAUAACAACAGAUUAAGCAGCCUUGCAACGGGCGAGGCCGAUCGACACUUCGUUGAUGCAGGCCCCGCUUGGCAAACAAAAGUCCCCCCAUUUCGAGUCUUGGUACACUCUCCAUCGAAGCGUACAUCUGUUUUGUCUGGUGCCUACACUAUCUAUAACGUAACGUCGCUGUUCUACCCCUCUAUUCCAGAGGAAGAAGACCUGGCAGAGUAUGGCUAUGCCCCUCCUGCCUCUCCUACUCGCAUCACAGUCCAUCGUCGCUUCUCUCAUUUUGUCGUGUUACACACUGCGCUCACGAAGCGGCUACCAGGCAUAGCAUUACCACCGCUACCUGAGAAGCAAUACGCAGGGAGGUUCAGUACGGAUUUUGUUGAAGCUCGGAGAGGAGACCUUGAGAGGUAUAUUGGGCGCAUCGUGCGGCACCCGAUUGCAAGGUAUGCGGAAGUUAUGACGUCUUUCCUGGGGUGUGAAAGCGAUUCGGAGUGGAAGCGUUUGGUACCUCAGCAUCUCGCAUUGCCAGCGGCAGGACCUUCCUUUUUCGCCCGUGUUUUCCAUCCAGCAUUUAAUGUCGAUGCAGAAGAUGCAGCAGAAACCGUAAACCGAUUCGAUGGUCACCUACGAUCCGUCGGUAAAGGUGUCCAAGGCCUAAGAAACAUAUUCGGCCGUGUUAGAGAAGCAAGGCUAGAGAUGUCCAAGGCUGAGCGAUUAUUGUCAUACUCAUUAUUAUCCUUGAUAACGUCGAAACCUCUGGCGUCGGCUCCGAUGAAUGGUAUAAGUGAAGAAGAGGAAGGCGAUGAAAGUGACGCUAAGGUCAGGGGCCCCCUGAACAGCCAAGGUGCUUGGUGUUGGCGUGAAGAUUGUAAAGAUUGUCUCAGCUUGAUGAAAGCUAUGGAUAAAACAUCAGAAACAUUGCAGAGCGUCGCAGACCUAUAUGAUGAUCAUGCGAGGAGGACGCAAUUGGCUACUCACGAGUCCUUGAAGAGUGUGGCUCAUCCGUUCGCUAUGUAUGAAGGUGUCAUUGAAACUCAUAGAUCUACUCUUUCGCGUUACCAUGGCGCUAUCAAAGAAGACUGUGCAAACGAAGACGUUGCAGGACGAUGCGAGACAGUAUUGAACACGACCAUGGCCGAAAUGGAAACAUAUCACGCGCAGAAACUGGAAGAUUUCAACACCGUCACCAGGGAACAUCUAGACGGCGAGAUCGCAUUUUAUGAACAAGUCUUGGUUAGACUGAGGAGCGCACGGCGAACUUUCGACUCACCUCAGUACGACAUACUAAGCAAAUCACCUCGUCAAGCGUCUAGAUAUGAGCGCGAACUAGAGAAUCCAAAUCUCGCACCAUCUCCCCUCUCACAGCCCUGUCCGCACGUAUAUGAUUCAGCUCCUAUGAGACCGGUCAGUGUCGCAAUACAAGAAGGGGUGGGAAUGAUACUUGGAGGCACUUCCGGACGAGCAAGUGUGUUUGGAAAGUUCUGGUAGGGUGUGUGGUAGUGAGACGGACAUCCUGUUUUGACUACACCCUCUUAUUUGAUUGAUACUUUUCUUGUAAGACUCAAAGUAUAAAUAUCAGAC